AAUAAAAAAAUAGAAGAAAUAAGUUUGAGGUUAAAUUAAAUGUCAAUAAUUAAAAAAGAAGAAAUAAUGUUGAGGUUAAAUUAAAUGUCAAUAACUGUCAAACUAAAAAUUAGUAAAUAAAAAAUAAAAAUCGCCCACUAAUAUUAAUUUGUUUCAAACUCCUAUUACAUUAUGUCUCAUUUGCAGAGCGGCAAAGUGGAUAUAUCGUUAAUUCAAGCUUCUGCCCGAGCGAAUCUUAUAAACCUUUUGGAAAAAUGUCCUGGAAGAAAAGCUCUAGUCUGGGAUAACAGCAUAGCAGGUCCAGUAGGCUUAGUAGCGCAAUAUGCUAUUCUAAAAGAACACCAAGUCGUUAAAAUGUUCCCUUUGCGAAAUAUGGCACUACCAGAAACCGAUGUAGAUCAUAUUAUUUUUAUAUCGAGGCCUAAAUUGCAGUUAAUGGACUAUAUUGCUCAGAACGUACAUACAGACAGCAAAACAAGAACAGGCAGUAAAAAACAGUUUCAUUUAUUUUUCGUUCCCAAGAAAAGUUUACUUUGCAUGGAAAGAUUAAAGCACAAGGGUGUUUUUGGAAGUGUCAUGCUUAUUGAUGAAUUUAAGUGCCAACUUUUUCCAUUUGAAUCUGAUCUUAUUUCAAUGGAAAUAUCUGAAGUUUUUAGAGAAUUUAUGGUAGAAAAUGAUCCCACCUACCUUUAUCAAACUGCACAAGCCAUAAUUUACCUUCAAAAAAUGUACGGUCCCAUUCCGAAGGUAUGGGGUAAAGGUAAUGCAGCAAAGCAGGUUUGGGAUCUAGUAGUGAGACUACAAAGAGAAAAAAGCCAUAGUGAAGAAAUGAAAAACAAUCAACAAUCUUGCAUUGAUCAGAUGAUCUUAAUCGAUAGAUCUGUCGAUCUCAUUACACCUUUGGCCACACAGUUGACCUAUGAAGGUUUAAUAGAUGAAAUAUUUGGCUUAAAUAAUUCUACAGCCAAUUUUCCCAUAGAUAAUUUUUUAAGUACUGAGGAAAGAACGACGGAAUCAUUAUCAGAAGAUAAAAGACAAAUGAUCCUUAACUCAGCCGACAAACUAUUUGCAGAUAUAAGAGACAAAAAUUUUAAUGCUGUGGGAACUUAUCUGUCAAAACAAGCAAAAUCAAUUAGUGCCCAAUUGGAAAAUACACAAGAAAAGUCAGUUCAAGAGAUGAAACUGUACGUUCAGCGGCUGCCGCAAAUUCUUGCAAAGAAAAAGCAACUUGCAGCUCACACAGCCAUCGCUGAAUGCAUUAAAGAAGUUACAGACGGUUAUGACUUUUUAGACACUUUACAGGCUGAGCAGGAAUUCCUGAAUUGUAUAGAAGUUGAUAAACCCAGUACAUACAUUGAAGAGAUGAUAGCUCAGAGCAAACCGUUGAUUAAAGUAUUGAGACUUAUGUGUUUGCAAUGCAUUGCUAGUUCUGGAUUGAAACCUAAAAUUUUGGAAAGUUAUAAAAGAGAUUUGGUACAAGUCUACGGUUUGGAAGCGUUACUGGCUAUAUCUAAACUAGAAAAAGUGGGACUAUUAAAACUUCAAUCUAGUACGAGACAGUACACGGUACUGAGAAAAGCUCUACGACUAACUAUGGAAGAUACGUCUGAAAUUAAUCCGACAGAUAUAAGUUACGUUCAUAGUAUUUAUGCACCUUUAAGUAUAAGACUAGCGGAACAUGUGACAAAGAAUGGUGGAUUGAAGCAAUUGCAAGAUGUACUGGGGCUCUUACCAGGUCCUACCUUGGACGAAACCCCUUCAGUCAAUUCAAUUACUAAUUCUGAUUCGCCGCUUACUAUUUUGGUUUUUUUCAUCGGAGGCUGUACGUUUGCUGAAAUUUCCGCUUUGAGAUUUUUGUCGCAGCAAGAAGACUCUAAUGUUGAAUUCGUUAUUGCCACAACAAAACUCAUUAAUGGAACAACUUUUUUGAAUUCCAUUAUUGAAAAUUGAAUUCUUUAAUGCUAUAAAACAUAAAUAAAUAAAUUGUAAGCUUUAAUAAUUAAAAUGUUCAUUAGGUUAUUUUUAUAUAAUCCAUAUUCUCGCUGUGAUAAUUUAGAAAAUUAUAAAUUUUUAAAUGUAAAUAUACCAUUAUGAUUAUUAUUUCUUUAAGUAAGGUCAAAAAUUUAAAGACACGUAUUUGUAUUUCUCCCGGUUUUAUACGUUUUUCGUUGGUUAAAAACGAGUUUAAUGUGGCAAAUUUAAUAUCAAAAUACUCCGAAUUUUAGAGUUGAGAAAACUGUGCAUAUUUGUGAACUUAAAGUGCAGUUUUGAGGAAUCGAAUUGAUUGUAUGUGAUUUUAAUUUAAUAAAGUCAUUAAUGAUAAUUUACAAAACAAAAAAAAAAAACCUGUCGCGAUAAGAAUUUUUAACAUUGCUUCCAGAGUGCCAGUGGUGUACCAGUUUUAAUUGCUACAAUUUACAUUAAAAUUAAAAGUAUCUGUUAAAAAGUCAAUAAGUUUUUGAGAUCAUCUGUCAUUUUAAUUAUUCUUUGUUCGUCUUUUACAUUUAACAUUGUUGCGUCUGAAAUAUGGAGAAAAACUUUAGAUGCUGUCGUCUAAAGGAAUUUACAAAUUACUGCUGUAUAGUUUGCCAUGGCAUCUUUCAUCUCAGCUGUCUGGAAUGUAACAACGAGGUAGUUAGGAUUAAAGGGUACAAAAUAUACUGCUCUAAAAAAUGGCAAACAACAUUUGACGAUGAUGAAGACAAAAUUAAUCACCUGGAAGAGGAUAUCCAGAAAUUGAAGGUUGACUUAGCUGAUAAAGACAAUUAUAUAUAAAGAGACUGAAACGUCAAACAGCUGAUUUUACAAAUGCCGCUUCAGAUGUGGAACAGGAUCUAAACUCGCGACUUAUUGAACAAAGAGAUUGCAAUGCCGAGUUAAAUAAUGACCUAAUCGUACUUAGAAAAAACUGUGAUACUUUGCAAAAUCAGUUAGUAAAUUCUUCUGAAUCAUACAAAAAACUGAAGAAGGACAUUAAUGAGUUGUCUACUAUUAAUAAGCAAAUGUUAGGUUCCAUAAAUACUUUGGAGAAUGAAAACACAAUCUACACUACAGAAUUAAAGGAUCUUCGUAAUAAACUUUAUGACAGUAAUUCAACAACAACUACUACCUCCCUAAUUAAAACUGAUUCAUCAAACUCAGUAAAUCAAAAUCAAUUAGUUAAGUUAAUAGACGAUUUACGUGUUCAGAUACAAAAUAUCCAAACCACAACUAGCAAUAGCUCCUCACCUCAUGUAUCUGAUGAAUUAAUGCUUACUGAACUGGAAGAACGACGGAGAAAAUCCAACAAUCUGAUGGUGUUUAACCUACCUGAAAGUAAUGAUGACACAUCCAAGGUAAUCGAAAUUGUGCAGGAUUUAAUUAACUCACCUCCAUCAAUUAUAGGACUACAGCGAUUAGGAAAACAUAAUUCUAAAGGGGCAAGGGCUCUUAAAAUAACUUUUAAUUCUACUUACCAUGUGCAUAAUAUUAUUAAAAAUCGGUAUAAACUUAAAGGAAAGCAUAUCUUUCUCAAUUUUGAUCUGACACGGAAACAACUGGAAUCAGAAAAACUUGUCAAAGAAGAACUAUACAAACGACGUGAAAAAGGAGAAAAUAAUCUUAUUAUCAAAUUUAUAAAUGGAUGUUGAAAAAUAAUUAGUUUGAAUCCAAAAAACUAACCAAUCGGAGCCCACCUUCUAUUAAGUUCUCUCCUAGCUCCAUUUACUAUCAAAACGUUAGAGGAUUAAGAACAAAGCUAAGUAAACUUAUUUCUGAUUUAGCAACUGUUAUCCCACGAAAUCAUUGUUUUCACCGAAACUUGGCUGACAGAAAACUUUAGUGAUGCCGAACUUGGAUUUGAAAAUUCCAACAUUUACCGCAAGGACAGAUCUGCACAAACCAGCUCAUCCUCCAGAGAAGGUGGAGUUCUUAUAGCAGUUUCCAAAUCUAUACGAAGUAGUUUGCUCAACUCUUCACAAGAAAUUGAACAGUUAUUUGUCCUCAUAGGCAAUGGUAAAAGUACUGUUAUUUUAGGAGCUGCUUACUUUCCUCCAAUGUCACCAAAUGAUAAAUAUGUUUCGUUCACUGAAAACUUGGAUAAUUUGUCAGAGACGUAUCCUCAUGCACAAUUUUGCAGUUUGGGCGACUUCAAUUUACCUAAGGACAUAUGGAUGUGAAAUAAUCUAUGCUCAACUGCUACCUCUUCCUUGGGACGUAGAACUAGAGCUGAUAAAACUGCUGCGAUUAAUACUAUCUCCAAUAUGUGUGCUUUUCACAUUUUUUUUUUCAGAACAAUGCAGUUCGGAAUGAUUACAAUAAUACUUUAGAUUUAGUUUUUUUUUAUCAAUCUUCAACAACCACCUCUCUUGCUAGUGAUGCUCUAAUUAAUGUCGAUAAAUAUCAUCCCCCAUUACUUAUACACUUGAACCUUGCUGUAAAUUAUUGUAACUCAUCACAUGUACCUAAUGAGUAUUACUAUGAUUACAAAUUCGCAGAUUUUCGAUCCAUUGAACAUCAUUUGGGAUUAAUUCAGUGAGAUUCACUAUUCUUAAAUAAAUCACUUGAAGAAAUGGUAAAUAUUUUUUUACGGUUCUGUGUAUUCUGUCAUUCAUUCCUUUGUACCAUUGAAAAAAUUAUCCA